AUGGCUGAUCCUUUGUUAGCUGGAGUGGACUUUGAAGAAGCUGCAGGAAAAUGGAGAGCCGGAGAUGCCGUCAAGUCCAUGCGUUUCUUUUCCAGAGCCGUCGAGGUAUAUGACCAGGGGUUACAAAUCUACCCAACGAGCAUUGAUCUCGCCUACAAUAAAGCCAGAGUCUUGUUGGAAAUUGCAACGCAUCCUCUGCUCGUGCCACAUCUGCACCGGCCGCUUCUGGAGGUUUUGCAGCAGGCAUUGGAGGCGCAUCGUUACGCUCUUACUCUGGACCAGGACAACCCAGACACUUUGUUCAACACGGCCCAAGUUCUGACGGCUAUCGCCGAAGUCUAUGCCAAAGAUGCCAAUCACGCUGAUCGGGAUGUGCUGCAACUGCUCGAGGAAGCUUUGGAACUCCAAAAUCGUUGCUUAAGCAUACAAGAGCUCAAACUCGAUGAAUACAUGCAACAACAGGAUGAGGCGGCCGCCCAAAUUGCUUCAGAGAACUCCAUGGAACCCAUCACCAGCUCGAACGAUGACGGCGACACCGGUCCCGCUGCAGCUGGCACUGAAAACCAGUGGUUCUCCGUCGUGGAGCCAGUGACAAAAGAUACUCUUAUCGACACUAUCCUUACCCAGCUGGGGACCCUCACUACACUCAGCAGCAUUCUGAGCUCUUCAGACUCCGUCCCGACCUCCAGCUUAGGUUACAUCGAAGAAUAUUCUUCCAAAUUGGUCAAGAUAAAACUGCCACCGCUUCUGCAAGAUGCCGAGCCAGAGAGACUGCAAGAAGUUGCACUUGCUCGGGCGAAUCUGGUAUCCGAAUUGCUCAAGGCAGGCUACCUCUUGGGCUCAAUCGACCCAGCCACAUACAAGCGGGAGCGGGAUGAAGCAUUUCAAGUGCCUGAAUUAGACCUGGAAAGGAACUUUCCUGCCUUGCUAGCUAACGCGAACAGUCUAAUUGCUUUCAACUCUGCUCUUGCGGACGGCGAGCCCUCUAACGCCGUCUCCUAUGCAUCUAUGCGGUGGAGUGCUUUAGCUGCAGCAAUGGCCAACAUGGCUACAGCUUCAAAGAUUUCUGGUCCGCUGCCUGAGGACAUUGCUGAAACGCAUUUCAUCCGUGGAAAUUGCUCUCUUCUGCAACAUCAACUAGGUCAGUCGCCGAUAUCCUUUAACGCUGCCAUUGCGAACGGGCCUCAGCUCCUGAAGAAUGCGGAGACCUUUUAUCGCAAUGCUAGCAAACUCUAUCAGGACACCGAACAGAAAGCCGCAUCGCAGCUGAGAGCCGUGGUUGCUCAGGCUAUUCAAACGCGAAAUGAUGUGGCCUCCGUUGCUGUCCAGCAUGACCAAGGGAGAGGCCAGGAAUGGGUUAGAGUCCAACUCGAUGACAUGGUCGAUGAUGGGCUCAUCACGCCAUUGGCUCAUUCUCUUUGA